AUGGUUGCCUCUAUCAGCUCUCUAAGAAGGCCAGAUAGUCCUGUAUCUGCGCCAAUUAUUGGCCCUAAAGAAGUCGACAUGUUCGAAAUUCCCAACAUGCUCCCCAAUUACGACCAAGCUAUUGACUACUGGGAAGCACAGGAAUUCCUCCGUGAGCUCACCAGACGCGACUGGCCUGACCGCGAAGACAUGAUCCGCUUUGAGUGCAGCAUGACGCUGGAAGAGCUACGCAAUGUCGGCCGGAUGUCCAAGGAGGAAGGAACCCGUACCUGCCAGGAUUUUGUGCGUGCUCCGGUUAUCUGGGAGAAGGUUGCUGAGAGCUUGUGGGAAAGACUCAGGGAGGAGGCCGAGGCUCAUCCGGAGGAUAAGGAUCAGAAAGCAGAUGACCAACUGCUGGAUGGGAGCUCCAAGCGAAGACGCUGCUGGAGAAUGGUAUGGAAGGUUAGGAGAAGCAAGGAAGAUGACAAGCCUGCAGCAGAGAAGGAUAUCACGACAGGAUGCCCAUUCUGCCCUAACCGCUGUACCAUGUACGUCCCUCGCUAUCCUGCCAGCAUUCAUGGAGAUAAGCCUUCGUCACUAAAAGACUGGGCCUUGGCUCGGAUCAAGUGCAUCUCGGAGCGCGUUCUCCCUUACAAGGUGACUAUGGCUUCCCGAUCGUCGCAGACAUUGUAA